ACGGACAGCAGCGCGUGCCGCGGGCUUCUCGAGACGCCUCAGCUCAACCCCAUUGUGGUCCAAUGGCUGGAUUGGUUUUCUCAGUUGAAUUUGGAACUCGUCCAUCGGCCCGGUGCCGAGCAUGCGCCCACCUGACGCCGACGACGCCGCAGUCCCACCUCUUUGUGUUUACGCGAACACGAUCUCGUCUCGUUCGAUCCAAUGCCCAGUUUUGUGCGAACGCAUGUGUGCCAGGCCGAUGCUGACGCGUGCUCGUGCAACGUCACCAUGCUGUCACCCCAUGGUGUCACAGUUGUUGACGUCAUGUGGAUCCGGAGCGACGAGUCGGUGAAGGCAUGGUUCAUCACUGAUGAACCAUACUUUUGGACCCGGAAGGAUUUUGCGUUCGCCGGCGGUCUCUACUUUAGUGGCAACAACCACCGCCAGCGGAAUCUCGUGGUUCCCGACGGCAUGUACGGGCGCACUGAGGCCAUCGAGAUGAUGCACGACUCUAAGCUGGCCGCCCACCCCGGCAUCGACCGCACGCAGCUACUCGUGGCCCAGUAUUUUCACUGGCCUCUACGACGACGUCGAGUUGUACGACCGGUUGCGUGA